GAGUGGUGUGGAGGGUGGGUGGUGUGCCCUGGGCAGUCCCCAGGGUGUUUCCUCAGCCCUUCAGUGUCUUGGCGCGGGGAUCUGUUAUGGGGAUGGCUCCUGAGGCUGCCUGAUGCGCUCUGUCUCUCUGGGUAAGAAUACUGUCCCUAAGGCAAGGGCUGUGUCCGCUCUUCCUCCUCUGGCCUAGUUGUCCGUGCCUCUGUGCAUGCACCUACUUGUGUGUUAGCGGGUGAGUGCACAUACCGGGGAUCUUGUGUGCAUGUCUAUGUGACUUCGCACGCACAUCUGCAUGUGGUGCUGUGCUCGUAACCACAUCUGUGCGCCUGGAGGUUAUUAAGAUGAUGUGGGCCUCCAGGUCCCCCCUCCUCGCUGGGGACACAAAGCCCCAGUGUUUGAUCCUUUCUGGGACAGUUGCUGUUUCUUUGGUUCCUCCAUCUCUUCUACAACCUGACCUCUUUCUCAAGGCAGGAUUGGGGUGAGAUCCUGGGCUGCCCCCCGACCCCCCAGCUAGAGCCCUCCUUCCACUUCCUGUUUGCCUCCUUUUGGGCAGUUUUCCCCAUCUUUGCCAUCUGGCCUGGCACCGUGCCCACGCAGCUCCACUGACAGGAGCCCCAGGGAAGCAGGCAGAUGGGGUGGGGACCAGGGCAGGGCCCUGGCAGUCCUCGAUGCCCAGUUCAGGCCCUUGUGUAUCUAUCAGAAAACAAUGACUUUUCCACAAAAAGGAUUUCUCCACUUUGGAGUCCAGUAACAAAAGCAUCGCCAUCUGCUUUACAAAAGGCCUUUCCCUUUAACUAGAAGCUCAUCUAAUACUUUUCGGUCUCUUGAACAUUGUAACUUUGUUGUCAGAAAUACUUGGGAUUCUUGGUAAACAAUUAUUCAUUCACUCAUUCAUUGUCUAGUGUGUGUAAGAAGCUAUUGAUUCUCCAGGUAAUGGUUAAGAAUGAUCCAGUGUGACUGUAGUGACAGUGUAAAUUGUUUUUGAAAAUAUAAUGCAGGCUGUUUCCAAACAGGCCUUUUAGGAGGCGGAGUCUUCUACUAGAUGAGUUAUAUACUUGGGCAAUAUAGGAGUGAGAUAAGAAGCGGCUGGCGGACCAACACAAGAGAGAUUAUAGCAAGAUUACAGGGUGUGUGAACAUGGCAGGGAGGGGACAGAUUUCCUUCCAGGUAGUCAGUGAAUGUCACAUGGGCCUGCUAAGCACAGAGACUGAAGUGUGAGUCCCAAGUGUGAGCUUGGGAGGAAAGCCAUGGAUGAGGGGGGUCCCAACCCAUGAGCUUACCAUCUAGCCGGGGAUGAUGGAAGCAAAUAAACACACAGGAAACAAUCUGAGAAGUUCAAAGCUGUGAACCAAUAAUGUGCUUAAGUAGGUCUCCACUGCUGAUGAAGCAGUGACCCAAAGUGUCCAACCCCCCGACAGCCAUCUGCCUCGCAGCCAUAGUCCACAUUCCCAUGUCCUGCCUGCCCCAGGACGGUCCCUGCGCAGCCUCCAGGCCCCACUCUGGGGACGAACACGAGGCCAGGACCCUAGCGUGCCCAAUGAUGUCCCCAGCCUAGCUCCUCUCACACUGUGGUACCAUGCAGCACAACUCCGCCAACAACUCCAGCCUUGCUUCCCAGUGCCCUGACUACCGGAACACCCACUACCUGCACAUGGUGGUCUACAGCCUGGUGCUGGCCGCAGGGCUUCCCCUCAACGCGCUGGCCCUCUGGGUCUUCCUGCGCGUGCUGCGCAUGCACUCCGUGGUGAGCGUAUACAUGUGCAACCUGGCAGCCAGCGACCUGCUCUUCACCCUCUCGCUGCCCCUGCGCAUCUCCUACUACGCCCUGCAUUACUGGCCCUUCUCUAACCUCCUGUGCCAGACGGCGGGCGCCAUCUUCCAGACGAACAUGUACGGCAGCUGCAUCUUCUUGACUCUCAUCAACGUGGACCGCUACGUGGCCAUCGUGCACCCGCUGCGGCUGCGGCACCUGCGGCGGCCCCGCGUGGCGCGGCUGUUGUGCCUGGGCGUGUGGGCGCUCAUCGCCGUGUUCGCCGUGCCAGCCGGCCUGGUGCACCGGCCCUCGCCCUGCAGCUACAACGGCGGCCAGGUGCACCUGUGCUUCGAGAGCUUCGGCGACAUGUGGCAGAACAGGCUACUGUGGCUCCUGCUGCUGGCCGAGGCGCUGGGCUUCCUGCUGCCCCUGGCGGCCAUGCUCUACUCGUCGGGCCGGGUCUUCUGGACCCUGGCGCGGCCGGACAGCACGCGGAGCCGGCGGGGGCAGAAGACCGUGCGCCUCCUGCUGGCCAACCUCGUCAUCUUCCUGCUGUGCUUCGUGCCCUACAACGCCACGCUGGCGGUCUACGGGCUGCUGCGGGGCAACGUGGUGGCGGCCGGCAGCGAGGUGCGCGACCGGGUGCGCCAGGCGCUCAUGGUCAUGGUGCUGUUGGCCGGCUCCAACUGCGUACUGGACCCGCUCGUGUACUACUUCAGCGCCGAGGGUUUCCGCAACACCCUGCGCGGCCUGGGCACUCCGCUCCGCGCCAGGACCUUGGCCACCAACGGGGCUCAGGGAGCGCACGCCGAACGGUCCACCGAGGGCACCCUCAUCACCGGUCCGGCUACCGCCAACCAAAAGCUGCUCCAGCCUUCCAGCUUCGGGACGCCCUUGACCCAGCGCCGCGAGGACUCGAUCCUGUGAAUGCACUGCGUACGGUUGCGCAGUCACCCCCACCUCCCAGGCCCUCCGCUCCGCUCACACGCGCACGCUCGCAGGGUAUUGUACAUGAGGGAAGUGGAUCGGGCACUUGGACUUCUGGGCGGCAACUCCUGCCCGUAAAUGCACAAGAGAACAAACAAAGUGUGGCCAGCCUGGGGCACAGGGAAGGAAGAAGAGUGCUGGUGGAAAUGCCUUCUUUGCUUUGGUGGUGAUGGUGAGCGUGGGGCGAAUCCCUGGCCCAGUGAGGAGGGAGUGACGCUGUGAGCUCCCUCAUUGCAUAGGCAGACGACUGGAUGACAUGCCCUUAGUGUGUGGGCAUGAAACACUAUGGAAGGCUGGUAGAUGGAGCAGAAAAUGAGUGUCCUGGAUUUAGACCAACCACAGCAGUCUCAGUGCCUCCGAUGCUACCCACUCUCAUUUCCACUUGGCCUUGCCCUGCCCAGCGUGAAGCCAUGAGACACUGACAGAAUCUGUUUCAUUCUUGGUUAGUAACUUGUAACAAUUUAGACCUGACACCCAGCAUGGAGUGGUUGGGGGCAGGACAAAACUGUGAGUUAGAGGAUGUUUUCCCCCCAGAUGCUGGUCUCUGUAGGCCUUUCUAGGUGUCCUUUCUCCUUCCACCCCGCCCCACUUUCCAGACCUCCUCCAUUCUAGGUCCUAAAUUCUCUCUCUCUGCCUCUGGCCCUUCAUCUAGAAUAAGGGAGAAAAUUUUUUGUACGAAAUUAACAGUUCUCCCCAACUUUGCUCUCAGACCCUUUUACAACUCUUAACAAUCGAGGACUCCAAAAAGCCUUUGCUUAUACCUUACCUUUUGAUAUUUAACCGUAUUAGAAAUUAAAACUCGUUAAGUCCUAACAAUGUAACACACAAGCACACAUUCCAUUAGCUUUGAGAGCAAUAAUGUCAUCACACUUCACGAAGCCUCUGGAAAACUCCACGGUAUACCUGUGAACAAGGAGAUUGCAAAGGACAAACAACAUUGGUGGGAGUAAUAUUCCAAAAAUAACUUUGACCUUGUGGACAUCUAAGAAUCAGUAUUAGAGUUCAUGUGUAACGUCUUCCCAGGGCAUAUGUAUACAUUGUUUUUUAUUACUGCAGGAACAGAGAAACGCUCCACAAAUCAAUUGCUAAUUCUAGUCCCAAAGGCUUGAGGGUUUGCAGGGGUAGAUUGGAGCUGCACACCCAGUGCAACAUUACUUUGGCUUCCUGGUGCGGGUGGGGCAGCUCUGAGGUGGGGGUGAACUAGUCACACAAACACUCGGAGGAGGGGUGGGGCUUCUCUUUCCCUGGGGAAGGGAAAAGGGAACUGUUGCCACAGCCAGGAAAGAAGUUUCCAGGGACAUAAGAGUGCAACGGAGGACAGGAAUAAGGUGUCUGUUCUUAGCAAGCUGGGGCAAGGAAAUGGAAGACUGAUGAAUGGACCACCUACUGUUUCCUUCUUCCCUCUUUACUUGGAGUAGGGCUGGGAGGGGUUGCGGAGUUGAGACUGCAUAAGUGAGGAAGUUGCAGCCAUGCGUGUGUCCUGUAUGCAUUUCUGUUGCUAGGUCUCUCAAUGGCGUGUGUGUGUGUGUGUGUGUGUGUGUGUGUCAGGGUUUUCCUGUGUGUGUCUCUGCGUGUUUUAGUUUGGAGUAAGCCUUUUGUGUGUCUUCAAGGGAUUGCUCCAGAUGGUGAUUUACAGAGGUAAAAUGACCCCUGGUGGCCAAAGCGGAGAACUGACCCAGAUUCCUCCUUGAUCACUUUCAAGUAGAACCUUCCACCAUCUCUUGGGAAGAUGGAGCCCUGGGCUAGGCCCUCCUGUAGCUCUUGAAGAGGCCCAAUGGUUAGCACCUGCUCCAUCUUCCCUCGUCCUUAAGGUUCAAGACCCAUGUCGUGAGAGCAUAAAAUGUGGUGGUAGUCCAAAGUCUCAGAACUUUGCCCUAUCCAAACUAAACUGAAUUGAAGACAGUUUUUUAAAAAAUUGCUUGAGUAUUUUUAUAUUCUGAUAUGUGAAUGAGUUUCAAAACUCACAGAGAAAGUAUCUUCUCACAUACUACAUAAUUAUUUAUUUUUAUAAUUUUUAUAGUUUUCUGUCUGUCCCCCCCCCCCCCCAGGUAGAACCUAAGGUCCCUGGGGGAAGGGAUUUUUGUUUGCUUGAUUCUCUGAUGUAUCUUCAGCAUCUAGAACAGCUCCUGGCACAAAAGAAGUGCUUAAUAAAUAUCUGUUGAAUGAUGAA